AUGUGAGCAGAAUUUCAUUCCUUGCUUAUGUUGAAAUUGUACAACAUCUGUCCUUUUUUAUCACGUUGCAUUGGUACUCUUAUUGCUGGUGAAGGAAAAUGGUUGAGAACUCUUCAACCACAAAAUAUGAGGGCACUAGCAGCUAUCAUCUUGGCAUCGCCUAUGUCGCACUAUGAGAGGAACAAGAAUAUGUACUGUCAUCCCAUCAUUUGGUUCCAUGAAGUCAUCAAUGACACUGAGAACGUGCUCAUUUCAGUUUUCAAUGAGCUUGGUAUCCCUCUUUCGUGUAUCGCAGAAGCUAUGGAAUGCAAAAACAGCGAUUCUCAAGAAAACUCGUUCCUUUCCCAGCAGAAUCUAAAUCACAUUAAGGUUGAAGCUGCAUUACUUGGUGAUCCUGACAAUGAGGAAUUACAAAAGUUAAAAGCUGAUCUUGAAGAGGUCAUAGCUUUGCAGAUUGGCGAUCGAGUAAUGGCACCGCUGCCUAAUGGAAACCGUGCGGUGGCUGUUGUCGACUCACUUACAGCUGCUGGUGUCGCUGUCAUUUUUAUAAGCAGCGGUCAGAAAACAAUAGUAGAUCCAUCGGAUCUUAGUGACGCCCCCGAUGCUGGAAAAAAGCAUUACGUUUUUGACUCAGCACGAAGUGGGAUUUCAAAAAGUGCAGCAAAUAAAAAGGAAUGGCUGGCUGAACGGGAAAGACGACGUUUACGUGCUCAAAAGAAAGAGAUGAAACGAAAAGAGCUAGAUUUAGCGAAGGAAUCUGAAAAGAACAGCUGGAUUAAGUUUAAUCAUAAAGCUGUUAGUAAAGGGAUCAAGGGAAUGAAACGAGUAAUUGCUACUGGGUCAGCACAGGAUGGACCAGCGGGAGUUAAGUACUUGUCUUUGCAGUGUUUCAUCAUGUUUAAUCACGAAAUAGUUUUGUUAGCAUUUUUGACUUAG